UACGACAACAAAUACUUUAAUUGAACAAAUGUGCUACAUGUCAUGCAUGGGAGGGGUCCAAGUGGCACUGAACCACUGCUGACCUUCGCACGCGGAAGUGUGUAUCCACUUGCAAAAGUGAGAAGGUGCGCUGAUAAACAUUCUUAAAAUGUGGCUCAUUGUAGCAAUCGUUUGUCCGGUUCUAGCUGUAUUCCUAUACAAAUAUGUGUUCCGUACAUCCGGACCAAAUCCUUUUGAUAUUGACACUCGUGAGCCGCUUAAACCAUUGGUCACCCAAAAGAAGGAGAAAAACAAAGUUCUGAAGCAGGGUUUCUUGGCCAGUAAAAUACCUGAGAAACUAGAUGCCAUUGUCAUUGGCAGUGGAAUUGGUGGUCUUGGGGUGGCGGUGCUGUUGGCUAAGGUUGGGAAGCGGGUCCUGGUUCUGGAGCAGCAUGAUCGGGCCGGAGGCUGCUGCCACACCUUUACAGAGAAAGGCUUUGAGUUUGACGUGGGUAUCCACUACAUCGGGGACCUGUUGGAGAACAAGCCCUUCCGCUGCAUGCUUGACCAGCUGACCAAUGGGCAGCUCCAGUGGGAGCCCCUGGACAACCCGUUUGACCAUGUGGUGUUGGGCCCUCCUGAGAACAGGCGCACCUACCCCAUCUACAGCGGCAGGAACCGCUUCCCCGACGAGCUGAAGAAGUUCUUCCCUGGGGAGGAGGCGGCCAUCGAUGAGUACAUGAGGCUGGUCAAGAAAGCAGGACACAACGUUUGGUUCAUGGGUCUGCUGAAGCUUGUUCCUGUCCCCCUGGCCAAGUUCCUGGUGUACACAGGCCUGGCCAAUCGUCUGUCAUUCUUCUUCCGCAUGGCGUCUCGCAGUGUGACCGAGGUGGUCAACGAGCUGACUGAGAACAAUGACCUCAGGGCCGUCUUCAGCUACAGCUUUGGCACUUACGGUAACAUGCCCAAAGAUGCCAGCUUCUCCAUGCACAGCCUGCUGGUCUGCCACUACCUGACCGGCGCCUGGUACCCAAUAGGAGGAGCCAGUGAGAUCGCCUACCACAUGAUCCCCAUCGUUGAGAAAGCCGGGGGGGCCGUGCUUGUCCGCGCCCCAGUCAACCGCAUCCUGUUCAACGACAACAAGGAGGCUAUUGGUGUGAGCGUGCUGAAAGGUCAGGAGGAGGUCCAUGUGCAUGCUCCAAUGGUUAUCUCCGACGCUGGCAUCUUCAACACCUACCAGCAGCUGCUGCCCAAGGAACUCCAGGCCAUGCCAGCCAUCCAGAAGCAGCUUGGUAUGAUGAAAAACGGGGCGGGAGGUCUGAGCGUCUUCCUGGGCCUGACUGGAACCAAGGAGGACCUGGGCCUCAAAGCAGACAACUACUGGAUCUUCGCAGAGCACAACAUGGAUGAACUGGUUGACACCUAUCUGAAGGGAAACAGGGAGGAGUCAGCAAAAAGUGUGCCACUCCUCUUUGUGGCCUCUCCAUCAGCCAAAGACCCCACCUGGGAGGAACGAUCACCAGGCAAGUCCACCCUGAGUCUGGUGAGCUUUGCUAACUAUGAGUGGUUUGAGGAGUGGAAGGAUGACAAGGUGACCAACAGAGGGACUGAUUACAAGGAGCUGAAGCAGAUAUUCUGUGACUCGAUUCUGGAGGUGGUGAUGAGUGUCUUCCCCAAGAUUACCAAGGACAAGGUUGAGUUCAUCGAGGCUGGAACACCCAUAACAAACACACACUACAUUGGAGCCCCUAAAGGGGAGAUCUAUGGAGCAGACCAUGGUACUUCUCGUUUCAGCGCUGAGUGCAAUGCCACCGUGAGGCCCCAGACACCCCUGAAGAACCUCUACCUCACAGGUCAGGACGUGUUUGUGUGUGGCUUUGCUGGAGCGCUGGCUGGGGCUCUCACCUGUGGUUCUGUCAUCCUCAACCGUAACCUGCACCUGGAUGCCAUCGCUCUGGCCAAGAAGACCAAACGCGUCGACACCAAGAAGUUGUGAAGUAACACCACUGACCGCCUCCCUCGACCCGUUGUUGCUCCGGGUGAGGUUUCCCCUAGGUACAGAUCUAGGAUCAACUUCCCCUCCCCCCAAUCCACAUUAGUGGGGAAAACGCUAAACUGACCCAAGAUCACCGUCUAGGGGCAACUUCACCCUACUCCACCCAGCUCACCAAAGCUUCAAUAACACCAGCCUAGGGACAGGCACCAUACUCUGGUCCUACAUUCAACACAGUGAAAAGAUGCCUCAAGAUGGUCACUGUGUUACUGUGUGUUUUGAGGGUGUAACUAGAUCUCUGCUCUCUCACUGUUAAGGGAAAACAAAAUGUGGUCUUCCAUACAAAUCCAUAUGUUGUUUUCUCUGAAUGCCUAAAUUCACAGGCAGCCAUAUCCAUAUUUAAACCAUUAUGUCUUGACUGCUUGAACAGAUGAAACAGCACUGAACGUCUAGGAAUCUCUCUGUGGAUGCUCUCAGCAUCAGAUCUGUAAAUUGAGUUUACAACCAAUCGACCUUUGGAAAUGAUUGCCCAGGGAUAGAUAGCUUUUUUCAUUGGGUUUUCAUAAAUCAAGUGUGCAGUAAGAUGUGAUUAACACUUAAUAUUUUCACUUUUAAUAUAUUGAGAAAAAAAGUGUUGGGUGGAGUAGAUUAAGUUACCAAUAUAUUUGAUACCAGUACCAAUACAACUGCUGCAAACAUGUUAAUAACGUAUCAUAACUCAAUAUACUGUGGAUAACAGUGGCUUCUGUCUGAGUUCUCAGACAGUCUUCCAACCAGCUGUGCUAAAUUGAGCUAUGCAAUAAUGUAGGAUGAAACUAACACCCUCUACUGGUGCAAAAAAGCCAUAGCACAACAUUGUAAACCAUGUUUAAAAGCUCUGUGCUGUAACACUAACCACUGUACAUGUCUGAAUGCCUCUAUUUGAACACAGAUGUACAAACUGGAUUGUUAUGAAUGAACAUGCCUUGCUUCAAAUUAACAAAGUGCAUUGCUCUUUAUUACACAUUGAAUACAAAAAUAUGUUCAUGCUGAUUAUUGAAAAAAUGAAUUAUUCCACUCUGUAAAUGUAUGGGGAGACUUUGUAACAAUAGCACAAACUGUGAUAAUGAAGGACCUUUUUGUCUAACCUUUCUGUCAUCAUCCCUUACAAUUCUGUUGAUACUGUUAUCAUGGCCUGGCAUAUUGCUUGAUUAUUAUGAUAAAAGUCACAAAAUGCA